UCCUCCUCCUUCCCCUCCUUCCUCCCCUUUUUCCCUCCCCUUCGCCUGCGCUGCCAGAGCCACCGAAACUCCCGUGCAGAGCCCCGCUGCCGCCGGUAGCCCGUGCGCUGCCCCGGCGCUCGCUCGGGCUGGAAAGUUGCGGCAGGCUCCGGGCUCGGCUGCCGCGGGGAGGGGGCUCCGGACUUACAAAACCCGGCCGGGGGCACGGGCUCGGCGUUCGCACCGACCUUCUUCUUCCUGCACAGAGCCGAAGGCAGCAUCUUUGUUUUGUUUUGCUUUUUGCCCUUCCUGCUACCGCUGCUUUCUCCCUGCGGCCGGGCGCCUCGGAGCCGGGAGCUGCCGCAGCCCGCGGUGCCAGGCGAUCGCUGACACCGCCAGCCAGGAGCCAGCCAGGCGGCCCCGGGGCACGGCUCGUCCUUGGCUUUGUUGCUCCGGACUGAAGAAGCCGCAGAAGCCCCGGGAGAAGGAGGCGGCGGAGGAGGGGGAGCAGAGCAAAGGAAGCGAGAGCUGAAAGGCAAAGUUGGUUUGGAAUAGGAGAGCGCGGCCGGCCCCUCUGCCAGACUGCGCGCUGGGGUGAAGCCUCCAGCCCCCUCCGCCGGGAGAGGUGCCCGCAAGACAGCGAUGGCCGGAGAGCUCAGCAUCGGAGCCGAGCUGCCCACUAGCCCGCUGGCCAUGGAGUACGUGAACGACUUCGACUUGAUGAAGUUCGACGUGAAGAAGGAGCCCCUGGGCAGGAGCGACCGCUCGGGCAGGCACUGCACCCGCCUGCAGCCGGCCGGCUCCGUGUCCUCCACCCCCAUCAGCACCCCCUGCAGCUCCGUGCCCUCCUCGCCCAGCUUCAGCCCCACCGAGCAGAAGACCCACUUGGAGGACCUGUACUGGAUGGCCAACAGCUACCAGCAGAUGAACCCCGAGGCGCUGAACCUCACCCCAGAGGACGCUGUCGAAGCCCUCAUUGGGUCCCACCAGGUGUCCCAGCAGCUGCAGGGCUUCGAGGGCUUCCGGGCCCACCACCACCACCAUCAUCACCAUCACCAACACCACCACCAGUAUCCCGCAGUCACUCACGAAGACCUGGCCGGCAGCGGGCACCCUCACCAUCACCACCAUCAUCACCACCAGGCCUCUCCCACUCCCUCCACCUCCUCCAGCUCCUCCCAGCAGCUCCAGAACUCGCACCAGCAGCAUCCCGCCUCCAGCAGCGUGGAGGACCGGUUCUCGGAUGACCAGCUGGUCUCAAUGUCCGUGAGGGAGCUCAACAGGCACCUCCGAGGCUUCACCAAAGACGAGGUGAUCCGCCUCAAGCAGAAGAGGAGGACCUUGAAGAACAGGGGCUAUGCCCAGUCCUGCAGGUACAAACGUGUCCAGCAGAAACACCACCUGGAGAACGAAAAGACGCAGCUCAUUCAGCAGGUGGAACAGCUCAAGCAAGAAGUGACCCGGCUCGCCAGAGAGAGAGACGCCUACAAGCUCAAGUGUGAGAAACUUGCCAGCAACGGCUUCAGAGAGGCCGGCUCCACCAGUGACAACCCGUCUUCCCCUGAGUUCUUCAUGUGAGUGCUUAACAAAAAAUAAUUAAAAAACAAACAAAAACCCCCCACCCCCCCAAACCUGACCCCUGUCACCUUCCCCCCCUGCUCCCAUCCUCCUCUGACAUCUCCAUCCAUCCGUCUGCUUGACUAGAGAGAAAGGAGGAGAGAAAAAUAGAGACUUGAUUUUUUUUUUUUUUUUUUUUUUUCAGCAUCCAGUCUUCUAGAGUAGCUGUGGGAAAAGUAGGCUGGGGGUGGGGAUGGGAGAGGUAAAGUGCAACUUUUUGACUUUCGUGUGCGAGUUAGAGAGAGAGAGAGACAGAGGCAAAGGAGAAAAGGACAAGUGAAGCGUUUUAUAGAUCACUUGCUUGCAGAGUGAGAUGGACUUUAAAAAGAAUAAUAAUAAAAAAAGGACAAUGAACAAGCCAUCUAUAACAUGCUGCCUGCUUGGAAAGAGAGAGGACAUAUACAGCACCAUCUCAUGCACAAUUUACCUGCUUGGAAAAAGAGAAUAAAUAAAAAGGACAAUAUAUGCAAACUCUUCAUAUAUUGCCUGCUUUGAGAAAUAAGUUACAGGACUCAGAUGGGACAUUCAAUCUAAGAAAAGAAAGAAUGAAAGAAAGAAAAAAAACUCAUCAGUUUUAUUGCCUGCUUGAUUAUAUAGAAAAAUACGAAAAUCUGCAUUAAAAAUAUUAAUCCUGCAUGCUGGACAUGUAUGGUAAUAAUUUCUAUUUUGUACCAUUUUCUUGUUUAACUAUAGCAUGUUGAUCAUCGAUCAUAGAUUUCUGUUGUUGUUUUGUUUCAUCAAUAAGAAAAACAUCACAAGUUAUCGAACUUUUUACUGCUUGUGCAGUUUUGUUCGUUGGUUUUGCUCUUGUUUUCUUUUAUGGUUGUUAGCUUGUAAAUAUCUGCUACUUCAAACCGUACAGGAGAAAAAUACACAAAAAACAAAAUAACAUUUCAGCAGGCUGGUUAUACGGUUUGUUUGGUGUUAAAGAGAUACUUAAAGAAAAAAAAGUUAUGGGCAUUUUGCAUUAGGAAUAAAACCAACUUUGUAUAUCUGGUGCACUUUUAAGUUGUAUUUUUUUUUUUUUUUUGCUAGUUUUCAUUUUGGUUUUUGUUUGUUGGGGCAGAAGCAAAAACGCCUGAAUGGCAUUGACAAACCUAAACUUACGAGGGAAAAACCCUCCUCGGUCACUUAGAACCUACUCCAUGCCUUAAAGUGGCAGCGAAGCUCUUUCCUCCAGGACAAUUCCCAGCCUGAGCGCUUAGGCUUGGCCAGAUAAUUUCCCUUCUGAUUGUACAAUCAGGAAGAGAAGGACGGGCGAGAUACCAGUUCCAUUUCAAAAAAAUAAAACAACUGCCCCUAGAUUUUCGGUGAAUAAAGAGAGAAAACAACCCCAAACCCUCCUCGUUAUGA